GCUGAAGCGUCGCGGAUGGGCCAAGCCUUGGCAGUCGCUGCCCGAGAACUUCCCGUCCCAGAACCGAGGAGGGACAGCGCUUGCGGUGGCCCGCGACACGGAGCGGGGAGAUGAUCAGCCAGAAGUUCAGCCAGUUCCUGGGAGUGCGGGUGCAGUCUGAGCUUGAACAGCCCUCCGAACUGCGGCGGGAGCCGGAGAAGGGGCUCAGCUCAGUGGGCGAAUCGGCCGCGCGGAUGGGAACAGGAGUGCGGGCCGGCUUGGCGGCAGCCUUGGCGCUGGCUUCCGUGGGAGCGGAUGACGAUCCUGGCGCCAACUUGUUCCCGCCGCCACCGCCCCAGCCCCGGAUCUGCAUGUGGAAGUACCUGGACAUCCAUUCCAUGCACCAGCUGGAGAAGACAGCCAGCAUUGAGGAGAUGAGGGAGGUGCUGGCUGAGCUGUUGGAGCUAGGCCAUCCUGAGCAGAGCCUGCGGGAUGCCAUCACCCUGGACCUCUUCUCCCAUGCACUCAUCUUCUGCCGCCAGCAGGGCUUCUCACUGGAGCAGACAUCAGCGGCUUGUGCCCUGCUCCAAGACCUUCACAAGGCCUGUGUUGCAACCCCCUUGGGCAACGUGGAGGAAUGCUACCGCUACUUCACCAGUGUUCUUUUUUGCCAUGGAGUCAGGCGGCCCCCCUUCAGCAUCGACCUCUUCAAGGAGGAACAGCUGCUGGCCAUGGCAGACUAUGUGGUCAACACCUACUUUCGCCACUUCAAGCUCUACAAAUAUGUCUUCACGCCCCAGGUGCAGCUGGAUCUAUCUUUGACUUACAUGGGGCUACAGCCACCUGAGGUCUGGCCAGAGGAGAAAGAAGGCAGCGAGGAGGAGGAGGAGCAGGCAGUCACCCCACAGGAGAAGGAAUUGGAGACAGUGGCCCAGCCAGAGCAAGAGCCAAGUCAGGUCUGUGUCCUCCGAGCCUACAUCAAGACCCAGCUGAACAAGGAGCUGGGGCAGCUGCAACAGCUGGUUGAGGAGCAGCUGAAGGCCAGCGAGGAAAGGCUCAGCAGCAAGUUGACCGCACUAGAGCGACCCUUUCAGCCACCUCCGAGCAAAGGCAAGAACAAGACUAAGUGAUCCCCAGCAUUUUCUCUAAUAAAGGCGUUGGCCAGAGCAGCCCCA